UGAGCUGUGAAUCAUCAUCAAUGGUGUCGUGUAGUAUUCGAUUUCAAUGUCCAUGCGAAAGCAACGAAACUACUCAUCAUAUCUGUCUCUCUUGUUGUUCAUCCAUUUGGCCGCCAUGGAUGGAAGGAAUUUCUUUUACUAAUUAUUACAUGUAUAGAAGAAAAAACAUAAUUAAUAUACAGAAGAAGAAGAGUAAAGGAAAGCUGAGAAAGCAACAAAAUAAAUAGUAUAAUAGUUAUGAAAGCUGUUACUCAUCCCGGGUCUUUCUCUGUUACAGUCAGCACUUCGUGGAAUCUUGCCGGGUUCAUCAGAAUCACCUUCAGUCUAAUGCUUCUUAAUAACACAUCUGUGUUCUUCAGACCCAAUAGUGACAGUCUCGGUGACAAACUUGCUAAUUCUCCUACUUUGACUUCUCCAACCAUCAGCAGAAAACCCAGCUCAGGAGCCCAAGAUAAUGCUUGCCAAGGUCCCAUAUCGAAGAAGGAGAGAGUGGGUUUAGGACAGGGGAUUAACAAGGCUUGUGACACAGCUCAGGCCCUCCUCAGGGUGUUUAUGUAUGACUUGCCUCGUGAAUUUCACUUUGGGCUAUUGGGUUGGGAAGGGAAGGUUGGCCAAAUAUGGCCUGGUGUCAUUGACAUCCCACCAUACCCUGGUGGGUUGAAUUUACAACACAGCAUAGAGUAUUGGCUCACAUUAGAUCUUCUCUCAUCAAACACCCCAAGUUUGAUCAGACCCUGCAGUGCAAUUAGGGUGAUGAAUUCAAGCCAGGCAGAUAUAAUUUUUGUGCCAUUCUUCUCGUCUUUGAGCUACAAUAAACAUUCCAAGCAGCAUGGAAGACAGAAAGUUAGUAUGAAUAGGAUGUUGCAGGAAAAAUUAGUGCAAUUCGUGAUCAGUCAGAACGAAUGGAAGAGAUCGGGUGGGAAGGAUCAUCUCAUCAUGGCUCACCAUCCAAACAGCAUGCUGACUGCACGGAAGAAGCUGGGUUCUGCUAUGUUUGUGCUUGCCGAUUUUGGAAGAUACCCGACUGAGAUUGCAAACAUAGAGAAGGACAUAAUUGCUCCUUACAAGCACGUUGUAAGGACCAUUGGUGGUGAAUCAGCACCAUUCGAGAAACGACCAAUCUUGGUGUAUUUCCAAGGAGCAAUUUAUAGGAAAGAUGGAGGGGUCAUUCGUCAAGAACUCUAUUAUCUUCUCAAAGAUGAGAAAGAUGUGCACUUUUCAUUUGGAAGUGUGGGUAGCCAUGGGAUUACUAAUGCUGGCCAAGGGAUGGCCUCAUCCAAAUUCUGUCUUAAUAUUGCUGGAGAUACGCCCUCUUCAAACCGCCUCUUUGAUGCGAUUGUGAGCCACUGUGUACCUGUGAUCAUUAGUGAUGAGAUUGAACUUCCAUUUGAGGAUGUCUUGGACUAUUCAGAAUUCUGCAUCUUUGUACGUGCAUCUGAUGCAGUGAAGAAAGGAAUCCUAUUGAAUCUACUCAGGGGGAUUAAGCGAGACAGGUGGACCACAAUGUGGGAAAAGCUGAAAGCAAUUGCACACCAUUUCGAGUAUCAGUAUCCAUCGCAGCCAGGUGAUGCUGUGGACAUGAUUUGGGAGGCAGUCUCUCGUAAGAGAUCUUCCAUUCAAUUUAGAGUUAAUAGAAACAAAAGGUUCAGCCAAUCUCAGCUGAUCAGGAAGAGUGAAUAGGUUUACAUGCUCAUAGGUAUUUCCUUUUACCUCCCUUUUAACUGUAUAUUGAAUUUCUUGUUUCUUAAUCUAUAUUGGUGAAGGGUUAGUGUGGAGGUACAAAUACACUACACUCCUUCGGAAAAAAAAUCCAUAUAAGCUCUGUUUGAUUCUUUUUAGGUAAUACACAUUUAUAAUGUGGAUCUCUACCGAUUCUCAGUUUGGCAUUAUGGUCUUACAUUUCUAUUAAAAA